AUGCACGUGGGUCUUGGGCGGGGCCAGCUCGCGGAGACUGAGAAUAAUGCAGGAUGCAAUUUUGCUCGACCCUCAUUUGUCAUUCGAGCUGGAUCAUUUGUGGCCCCGAGUUUCUACGCUGUGGCCAUAGCGAGCCACUCUCUCCGUCACGCUCUGGCCCUGACCUACGGACAAACCGUCUUGAACCUUCGGCCGGACAACACGUGGGCGCGCCAGUGCGCCAGGAACUUCCGGCCGGACAACACGUGGCGUGUCGAGCCUCGCAUCCCGACCCCCACAGCCGGUCAACCCAAUGGACCACGGUGUGCUCAGAAAUGUGAGCCGGUCAGGAUAGUGAACUGCCGUGAAUUCAUCCCGAGCCGACGACCUGGACCACGGUCGGCGGACAGGAGGCAACGGAUUCGACCGUCCACGUAUCGGGACGAAUUGCGUGGGAGUCCUCCCUACGAACUCCUUCACAACGUGGAAUACUUCUACAAGUGGGAGUUCGAACCCGGAGAGAAAGAGAAGAUCACCUUCCGUUUGGACUUCCUCGAAUGCGGGGCCAAGCUCACGUGCUCAAUGUCCAUCGACACGCUCGCCGGAUCCCGGAUCGGCUUCCGAGUCGAAUACGAGGCUGCGUCCAUCGGCGGCUCGUUCCCCCCGAGGCGGGGGAAGUUCUCCCAAAUCUAUGGUCCCACUGCCGAGUCCGACGGCGUGUGA